AUGAACAAUGUUGGUACAACUCCAGCGGACCUCUUGUACAUCGCAAUGAUCAUCGCGGAGGUCACCGGACGGCCCGGUCCCCCGAGUACGAGAAGAAGACCCCGACAGAGAAAAGAAGAGUUUCAGCUCUUCUUGUUUCUCGGAUUGGCGGCGGUCGUUCGAGGGGCAGUAGUGCCCGCCGUGCCGGCGGUGGCACCGCUGGCGAAACUGGAAGAGUUCGACGCCGUACCCCAGUACAGCUUCGCGUACGACGUGCAGGACGCGAUAACCGGCGACUCCAAGGCCCAGUACGAGACCCGCAACGGCGAUAUCGUGCGUGGAAGUUAUAGUUUGAUCGAGGCUGACGGUACGCGUCGUAUCGUGGAGUACACCGCAGAUCCGAUCAACGGUUUCAACGCAGUCGUCAGCAGAGAGCCGGCGACCGCGGCCGCGGCCGUUGCCGCUGUCGCGACACCGGUACUGUCGUUCAGACCGAUCGCGCCGAUCGCACCCGUUGCUGCCUCGACACCAUCGAUCCCCGCUGUCGGGCCCGAUUCCGACGUCGAAGUCGUCGAAGCACGAACCGUCCCAUUAAGGGCGAAGUCGCUCCCGCGGGAGCAGGAGAUACAGCGUCAGCAAGUGCAACAGUUGCAGCGGCUGCAGGAGCAACAGAGACAGUCGUCGAGAUUGCAAAUCCAGCAGCAACAACGGCAGCUGCUGUUGCAGCAACGCCAACAGCAGCAGCAAGAGCAACAACAGGCUGUUGCACCUGCGCGAAUCGCUGGCCAGCUGCAGCAGCCGAUUGCGAAUGGACUGGUCGGUCUCCCCGCCCCUGCAGCCAGAGCGACAGCCACUUACCCGACUUACCCCUACGUCUCAUACAGCGCCGCGUAUUCCUCGCCCUUCGCUUAUGCCGCACCGCUCACCGGCCCCGCUUACGCGCCCUCCGCAGCCACCGCCGCCGCGCCGGCGUAAACUUGAGACGCUCACUCUCUGAAAUUAUAUUAUUAUAUAUUACCGUUGCUCUGCGACCCGUUGUCGUUUGUACCUCGCUGCACUGUUGCGAUUAUUUUUCGACGUAACUGCAAUAAAUUGUUUGCCACGAGUUAAAUGAGCGGUAAACGCAUUAAUCUUGUCACUUUCCAGUCAUUUUUCAAUAUGAUUUCAAUAAGAUUUAUAGUUAACCCUGGCUUCAAUUUUCACGGGCUUCCCACACUGGGGUACAGGCUACCCCACGUCGAACACUUACGU